UUGUCCCCUCCUCCCCGCCGCUCUCGAGUGCAGAGCCCUCCGCGGUCGCUGUCGCGGCCGCUCGGAGGGAGCUCUCCGGGAGCCCCAGGCAGGAGUGUGGCUGGCGGGGCUGAGCUGCGGGAGCUCGGCGGCUCCCGGCGUUGGGAUUCCUCAAGUCCCUCCUGAAGCACUUGAAGUGGCCCAUCCCCUAAUGUGCCCCUCUUGCUGGCAGUGACCCUGUGCGUCACCGCAUGCCUUAGCUGAGACAUGGACUGCACUUUUCUGUCAUAAGUGUAUCCUUCUCCCCAGGAACACUGCAGACGUUAACCUCUACAAAGGUUUUCUGGUCCACUGAGUCCCGUGGAGCCCAGCCCACCGCUGCCAUGACGACCGCCAUCCUGGAACGCCUGAGCACCUUGUCUGUGAGCGGACAGCAGCUGCGCCGUCUGCCCAAGAUUCUGGAAGAAGGGCUUCCCAAGAUGCCGUGCACUGUCCCAGAAAGCGACGUGCCCCAGCUCUUCAGGGAGCCUUACAUCCACGCAGGCUACCGCCCCACGGGGCACGAGUGGCGCUACUACUUCUUCAGCCUCUUCCAGAAGCACAACGAGGUGGUCAACGUCUGGACCCACUUGCUGGCGGCCCUAGCGGUCCUGUUGCGAUUCUGGGCCUUUGCGGAGGCUGGGGCAUUGCAGUGGGCCUCUCCCCACACCCUCCCCCUGCUCCUCUUCAUCCUGUCCUCGAUCACUUACCUCACCUGCAGCCUCUUGGCCCACCUUCUGCAAUCCAAGUCAGAGCUGUCCCACUACACCUUUUACUUUGUGGACUACGUCGGGGUCAGCGUCUACCAGUAUGGCAGCGCGUUGGCUCACUUUUUCUAUAGCUCAGACCAGGCCUGGUACGAGCGGUUCUGGCUUUUCUUCCUGCCAGCAGCUGCUUUCUGUGGUUGGCUAUCCUGUGCUGGCUGUUGCUACGCCAAGUAUCGCUACCGGAGGCCUUAUCCAGUUAUGCGGAAGAUCUGUCAAGUGGUACCGGCAGGGCUGGCCUUCAUCCUAGACAUCAGCCCUGUGGCCCACCGGGUGGCUCUCUGCCAUCUGGCUGGUUGCCAAGAGCAGGCGGCCUGGUACCACACCCUCCAGAUCCUCUUCUUCCUCGUUAGCGCCUACUUCUUCUCCUGCCCGGUACCCGAGAAGUACUUCCCCGGUUCCUGUGACAUUGUGGGUCACGGACAUCAAAUCUUCCAUGCUUUCCUUUCCAUCUGCACGCUCUCCCAGCUGGAGGCCAUUCUUCUAGACUACCAGGGACGGCACGAGAUAUUCCUGCAGCGCCAUGGUCCCCUGUCCGUCUAUACCGCCUGCCUCUCCUUUUUCUUUUUAGCUGCCUGCAGUGCGGCCACCGCCUCCCUCCUGAGACACAAAGUCAAGGCCAGACUGAUUAAGAAAGAUUCCUGAGGUCUGCAAAUGAGGAGAGGUGUAGAGAAACGCUACUGUGAUUUGGAGAAAACUUGACACAAUAAUAGAAAUUGCUUUUUUAAGGCUUGAUUUUUAAAUUUAAUAUGUAUUACAGGCUGGGGAUGAAACUUGAUUGGUAGAGAGUGCUUAUAUAGCAUGCAGGAAGCCCAGGGUUUGAUCCCCAGAACCACACAAAACAGUAGCAGCACUCAAGGAGGCAGAGGCAGGAGGAUCAGAAAUUCUAGGUCAUCCUAGGACACAUAGUAAGUCCAAGGCUAACCUUUGAUACAAGAUACCUUAUUUUAAAAAAAGCUAUUACAUAUUUUUAAGGGCAUGGUAUGUCUAUAAAAUUUCAUAUACAAGGCACUUGAGAGUUUAAAAAGGAAUAUUCAUUUUCUGUCUGGGUUGUAGCCUUGCAUGGGAAAGGAUACCGGCUAAGAUUCAUGAGAUCCCAAAUUAAAGAAAACCAUCCUCACCCAUGAACACUUAGAAGAAGUGGGUGUGGCUUCCAAAGCUGAGUCCUGAACUGGAUAAUCAAAUUGGACUGCCAAGUGAACGUGAAUGUUCUGCAUCCUAAUAGAACAGCCGCCCUAUGCUGCUGGUCCUGGUAACUGAGGAAAUUGGCCCAUGGACUCCAGUCCUAAUAGGAUUUCAGAGCGUCUAGGGUGAAAAAGUUGGAAUUCUCAAGAAGAUCCAUUGAAAUCCUUAGACAGAAUGGACUAUUCAAUUUAUCUGAUAUCUGGUCUCAUCCACAGAGACAGUAGUCCCUCAGGAUAACCAACUAGCUGGCUGAUUUGCCUGAAGUACUAUCCCAUAUCUAGUCUGCAUGGUAAUAUGAAGAAUUCCAAAGCUAUUACACUUCCAGGAAAUGCUUGGAGCCAUAUGAACAUUCGGGAUGCUGAUUCUCAUGUCAUACAGAAAUGUCAGAAAAUGCAACAGUGCCAAGAGCUACCAGGAGACCCAGCCAGCAAAUGUGGGUACACUGUUUGUCUGUUGCCCAUAGGGACCUUUUAGUUUGUAUGUGUACAGUGCAGUAUUAGCUGCGAGCUGUUUAAGCGUUGUCUUGCAGUCCAGAUUAUCUAAAGGUUUGAACAGACUCUAAACCUGGGAUCUGAUUAUUUCAAGAGGAACCUAAAACCCAAGGUUCAAAUUUCUGUUAGAUGCUGUCCCAUGAAGGACCAACACAGCUACUCCAAUCCGGAGUCCACAAACAGGCAGCUCUGGCUUAGGUUGGAGAAGAAACAUAAACAGGUCCUAGGACAGGUAAAUGUGAGCUCACUGUGGUUGGCCCCUGAAGGUUCUUUGAGUAAGAAUGAGGCACCUGAUGGCCAAACACUGUUUUGUAAUAUGGCUGCGGGCAGCCGCUGUGAGAUUGGCGGUGCUUGCGGCUGAUAGGUUCUGGCCACACAGCUCUCUCUGAGGACUGAUUUCUGUGUUAAUCCAGUGAAGGAGGCUGUGGUCCAGGAAGAGCUGAGAUGCUCUCUUCUCACAGACUGUGUUUCCUCUCAGUAUAAGGUCCCUCCGCACUAAACAAGGAACGUGAUCUGUUUCAGAUGAACCUCCUCCAUCAUUAGGUUACUUGCUAGCCUUUAAACUUUUGGUUUUUUGUUGUUGUUGUUUUGAGUUGUGAGUUUUGUGCCCUAUACACGGGAAUGUCUAAACAUUUUAUUUAAUAUAUGUCUCAGUGGAAUUUCAUGUUUUGGGUUAUCGAGACAAAAAGAAGAAGGAGAAGAAGGAGAAGGAUGAGAAGAAGGAGAACCACAGAAAACUAGAGUGACUUGUCAAAUAAAUAUUAAUCUAUACUUGGGGGGCAGGGUCAAGUGAAACCUUACUACCACCUUUAAAGAAAGAAAGGAUGUGUCUGCUGCAUUGUUUUGCUAGAUGGGUUCCUUCAUGGUCAAGAAUCUGAACUUCUAUGCUAGCCGAAAGUGUCUACACAAGCUUCCGGUUGUCUAGGCCAAGUUCAUGGCAAGAGAUGUUAGCAAAACUGAGUUGGUUUGAACUGAACAAAAGAUGAUGGCCAAGGGUCAGGGCGGGGAGGCCGUGUAAAUGAUACAAGAAAAGAGUCUGUUUAAAAUGGGAACUGGAAAGUGUUAGAACUUCUUGCUGUCAUGGAGUCACAGAUGGUAUUCUUUUAAAAGUUGGUGUGAAAAGUGAGAGAGGGAGGGGUGUUCUUGACUGUAACUAUGGUGGUUGUUUGUGAACAGGGGUUUUGUCUUUCCUUCAUUCCCUCCUCCUCCUCCUCUUCCUUCUUCUUAUUCUUUUUGAGACAGACUUUCUCUGUUGCUUUGGAGGCUGUCCCGGAACUCACUCAGUAGACCAGGUUGGCCUCGAACUCACGGAGAUUCACCCGUCUCUAACUCCCUAGUGCUGGGAUUAAAGGCAUGCACCUCCACCGCCCAGUACUUCUCUCUUUUUUUGAGAUAAGAUCUCACUCUGUAGCUCUGGCUGACCAAGAACUCAUUAUGCAGGCCAGAAUAGCCUUGAACUCUAGAGAUGAACCUGCCUCUCUCUGCCUAAGUGACAGGAUUAAAGGUGUGAGCCACCACUCUAAACCUCGUGAACGGAGAUCCAGUGCUCUUCCGGCCAGUGCCGAGCUGAACUCUGCCACCGGUGGGUCCAUGACACCAUAUAUGUAAAAAGUGAGAGAGUGGCAUUCAAGUUUUGGUUUAAUUGUACAAAUAUUGCUAACAUGACUUGGAAAUUGAUAAGAAGAAAGCGAUUUCUGUGGAGUUGGGACUUGAACCCAAGACUUCCAACAUGUGGGAGGACUGUGAUCUUCCCUGAAAUUAUCUGUAUCUAGUUAGAAUAAUGUAAAUAUGGGUGGUCUUUAACUCUUCCUUGUGAACAGUCAUUAAAAUGACUCUUUCAGUAUGGAAAAGACCUGGUUAGUUUAAAAAUAACAACUAGGAAUUGUAGACAGGAGUAUGGAUGCCUAUUGGUUUAGAGUGAGGUUGCCACCCCCCCCCCAUCAGCGUAAUGUGAAAGAAAGAUAGUACGAGAUGGUUAUCUUGUUCUCCAACACUAGGAAUUCUGGUUGUCGCCACUUCUCUUUUAAUUAAAACUUUCAACCCAUUAACAUGUAAAUGCCUCUGAUCAAUUAAACUGCCAGUAACUUAGAUUUUUCUCAUGAGCAAAAUUCCUGUAGAUAUAUAUAAGACCCUACUUAGUUCAAGAAGAGGGGCCAACAGAUGCAUUUGGGGGAUGCCUGUCUCUCAUUUCAGAAUCUUGGCUUUUCUUUGCUGGUGAAGGUUGCUUUUGUCGUUUCUGGCUUGGGGUGUUUCGUUUUGUUUUGUGUUUGAGAUAGGUCUCACUGUGUUUCCCAGGCUGGCCCGGAACUCCCUGAUUCUCCCAUCCCAGUCAGCCAAGGAGCUGCGAAUACAGGCUGUGCCCACACCACACCCAAUUCUAGUGAACUAGACUUCUUAAAGAAGUCAGGGUUGCAGUUUCAGUUUUUAAGUCUCUCGAUAACCAUGUGCAAGGCACCGACUGGGAGCCUGAAAUAGAGUUCAGAGCCAUGACACCAGGGCCGAUAAUUCUUGUUUCUGUUGCCCUCUCUUGUUUCCUUGGUUAUUGCUCUGCAGUUCCAUAUGGAUCCUCCAGAUGGCGAUGCUGUCUUAUUUAAUGCUCGCUCAGCUCUUGUUACCAAGGUUUUACCACUAGUUGAACUAGUGUUUUGCUUGAUUGCUUGGUAAAGAAAACGUGGGGUUUUUUUUCUGUCUCUAUAAAUCUACUUACAUGAAUAAUCAUUAAAAAGUUUUUGUACAUGGUUCUUUGUCAUGUUGAUAAUAUUAAAAAAAGCUACCUUCCUUGACCUUUUGACAAGAGUUGCCUGGAUAAAACUUAUUCUAAAGUUGGGUUGUAUGUAGUUCACUGAGGCGCUCCAUCCAUCUAAAAGAAGGAAGAUUUUAAAAAAUUACAAAUAAGUCUACUGCUAACUUCUCUACUUGUGCGUUGAACAAACUACUCUUUGAAGAGCCACGGAGUUGGUUUCUAUGAGGAUUUCAAUAUAAUUUACAUAAACAUUCCUAGCUGCAUUCGAAAUUACAUUAAAGAUUUUUGACAUUCUGAA